UCCUGGCACUUGAAUUGGCGUACUGGCCCUUUAAUAAAGUGAGAGCGAGUGGCCUGAGAUUGUUUGGAUGUUCGGUUUGCUUGGUGGAGUUUCGGACUUAGGAAACAAGUAGUCUCUUGGAUAAUCGUAACCUAUAUAGCUAACUAGCUAUACUUCAGUAGAGAGAAUACUGCUGUUGGUAUCCCAAGAACUAAAACUGCUUGAGCGCUGACGAACGUGAAGUGGAAACGUAUUCUGGAAAAAUAGGGAAUUGGAAUUUCUGAAAGGAGGACAGAGACCCGAAUGGGAAAAUCAAACUUGGCUUCCCGCAGCGUUUCUCCAUCUUUCGAAGUCUCAGACUGCAAGUAACUUAGCUAGCUGAAGUCAAAAUGUUACAGAAUUGUAACCGAUUAGCGUCAGGUAAAAUAAUAAUAUUUUGCUAAUGUGUCUUAUUUACUUCGGGAGCUGGAGUUUGGCACGCUGUCUAGUUUGCUAACGCUCUUUUUGGGGUAACUAGCUAGCAACUUAAUCAGCGCUGUCUACAUAGCUUUACACAGCUAAACAAUGCUGUGAAACUACAAAAAAUAAAACUCUGUAACUGAUGCUGACUUAUUCUGACGUCUGGGGUUUUGUAGCAUAUUGACGACUAUAUCCAAAAUAUCAGUUUAAGUUAGCUGGCUAGCUAAGUGGCUAACUUAGAGUAGGAAGACAAAUGGAAGAGUCGUCAUUCCAAGGUAGCUAGCUAGCCAGGGUCUUUUGUCAUUUUUGUGUAGACUAAGACGACUACAACUACAUUAACCUGUUUUCGGCUUUAUGCUGUUUAUCUAAAUACAAUAUCGCCAUUCAAUUUGGUGUAACUUUAAUUUACUUAUUAUCUAUAUAAACUAGCUAACCGCUAGUGUCCCAGCGAGUUGAGUAGCUACCUAGGUACGCACCUGAUCAACAGGUUUAUUUUAUUGAUUUGACGUUGACUAACAAGCUGGCUAAUCCACAAAUGACACCUGUUGCUUCUGUUUCUUGGACUUAACUUACGUUAGCGAACAUAAAACUUUUAUCUCGUUAGCAGUGUUGGCCAGAAUUGGCUUCAGGGUGAACUCCACAGGCCACAGUAAUUGUAUAACAUUAUCGAGAAGGUGGAGACACUACCCUUCUUGUUAGCUCGUUAGAAAUUAUAUCUGCGUUACAUAUUAUAGCGAAAGGACAGGGAGUAAGUAUUCGUUUGGGAUUGAUACAUCGAAAUGAAAGUGACUGUAACUUUCGGAAGAACUGGCGUUGUUGUCCCUUGCAAAGAAGGAUGGACGGUCCGCGACCUUAUCCAACAAGCGACUCAACGAUACCGAAAGAUUCUGGAACAGGAGGGGGACUUCCUGGUUCGGACCCACCACGUGGAGUACUGCGACGGGGGGAUCCUGGACCCGGACGACGUGCUGACGGACCUGGUGGAGGACAAGGAUAAGCUGAUCGCCGUGUACGAGGAGGAGGAGGUCCAGCAGAGGGCAGCAGCGAGUCCCGGGGCAGGCAGCGCCACGGGACGCCCCAGCCCGGACCCCUACGACUCCGAGCUGUCCGUCUUCCAGCCGAUCGCCGGGGGGGAGAUCGAGGUCAACUCCUCCGCCCUCAAGUCCAACACCCCUCUGCUGGUGAGGAGCAGCAGUGACUCCGCCCUCAGCCCCCCCCUGGAGACGGGACCCCCCCACCCCGAGGAGAGCAAUGGCAGGCCCCCCGCCACGGGCCCGAGCCUCACACUGGCAGACCCGGGAGAAGCCCAGGACCGGCCCCGAGCAGAGGGCCCCUACGCCAAGAUGAGCCACAUCACCACCAGCAGGAUGACCAAGACGGUGGAGAUCAGCGGAGCGGGAGACCAGGGCCCGCUGGGGAUCCACGUGGUGCCGUACUGCUCGUCCAUGAGCGGCCGGUCACAGGACGUGUUCCGGCACGCCAUGCGCUCCCCCGUCGUGCGGCUGGAGGUCGUGCCCGCCGCCAACAGGGACCGCUACGAGAGGGGCCUGAUCGGGCAGCUCUUCGGCCCCGAGGGGCCCGAGCCGGGGCCCCCGGGCCCCAGGGUGAAGGCCCCGGUCCCGCUGAGGGUGAAACCCUUGGAGCCGCCCGCCAAAAUCGCCGAACCGCCAUCCAGAUCCGCCGAACCGGCGUCAAGAACUGCCGACCCGCCGUCCCGAGCAGCCGAAGCCUUGUCCAGAUUCACCGAACCGCCAACCAGAACCGCAGACCCGCCAUCCCGAGCAGCCGAAGCCUUGUCCAGAGUGGCGGAGCCCGCCGUCCGCGCGGGCGAGCCUCAGGCCCCCCACCACCCCCCCGAGGGCCGGGCCUCCGCCACCCCGCCCCCCUCGGGGCUCCCGGCAACACCCAGGGGGGGCGACGACAGCCCCCUGCCCAGGGGCAGCCCCGCCCUCUCCCCCCUCGUGGGGUUCGCCAACAGGAAGGGGGGCAAGCGGCUGAAGAUCGACCUGAAGAAAGGUCCGGAAGGGCUGGGCUUCACCGUGGUAACCAGAGACUCGUCCGUGCACGGGCCCGGACCCAUCCUGGUGAAGAACAUCCUCCCGCGUGGGGCCGCCGUCAAAGAUGGCCGCCUGCAGUCUGGGGACCGGAUCCUGGAGGUGAACGGUUUGGACAUCACGGGCCGCACGCAGGAGGAGCUGGUGGCCAUGCUGCGGAGCACCAGGCAGGGGGAGACGGUGUCCCUGAUGGUGGCCCGGCAGGAGGAGAUGUUCCUGCCCAGGGAGCUGAAAGGGGAGCCUGCCCGUGCUCCUCUCCUGGAGGAGGGUAAGGAGCAGCUGAUGUUUGAGGUUCCCUUGAACGACUCCGGAUCGGCGGGUCUGGGGGUCAGCCUGAAGGGGAACAGGUCCCGGGAGACGGGCGAAGACCUGGGCAUCUUCAUCAAGUCCAUUAUCCACGGCGGGGCGGCCUAUAAGGACAGCCGCCUGCGCGUGAACGACCAGCUGAUCGCCGUUAACGGGGAGUCCCUGCUGGGGAAGUCCAACCACGAGGCCAUGGAGACGCUGCGCAGGUCCAUGUCCAUGGAGGGCAACUUGAGGGGCAUGAUCCAGCUGGUGGUGGUGCGCUCCCUCCUGCGACCGGGACAGGAGAACUACGAGCCGUCGGCCCCCCAGAGCCGAGCCAUGGACCCCGCCCCCGGCCACGCCCCGCUGGGCGGCCUGGCCAACGGAACCGCCGCCCCCGCCAUGACGGCGAACAGCUUCUACGAGCGGUCUGCAGUUCCUGAAGGGGUUCCAAAUGGACGAUACGACCACAUGGAGGAAGAGGAGGAUGAAGAGGAGUUCCCCCCGCCACCUUCUCCUGCCACUCAGCUGGAGGACGACGCCGGCUCCAGUCCCCAUAACACACGUAACUGGAGCCCGGACCUGGAGCCGGGCUCGUACCCCGUCGAGUCCUCGCGCCCCGACAGGCAGCAGCCCAGGCAGCCGGAGUACCAUCACGUCAAGUCCUCCAAGAGCAUGGACUUAGUGGCAGAUGAAAGCAACAUGGGAUCCCUGGCAGGGCAGAAAUCAAUCUGCUGCGGGGUCUCACUGGGCCCACCUGGAGCUGAAUAGUCCAGCUCGCUGGAGAGCCUGCAGACGGCCGUGACGGAGGCGCGUAAGAGCGAGCUGCCCUUCCACCGGCCGCGGCCCCACAUGGUGCGCGGGCGCGGCUGCAACGAGAGCUUCCGCGCCGCCAUCGACAAGUCCUACGACGGCCCGCCCGACCUGGACGACGACGACCUCUCGGACCCGAGCUCGGGACGGGACACCCCGGCCAGCGGGUCCUCCCGACAGGGCCUGGGCGACACGGAGGACGGCAAGAAGGACAAGAAGAAGAAGGCCAAGGGCAAGAAGAAGGAGAAGAAAAGCAAAGGGAAGGAGAAGGAGAAGGAGAAGAAGAAAGCAGAGGAUGGAGAGGACCAGGACAAGAAGGCAAAGAAGAAAGGUUUUGGAUUGUUGAGGUUUGGGAAGAAGAAGGAGGAGAAGGCCAAGGCUGCACUGCAGAAGCAGAAGUCUGAGGUUCUGAGUGAGGAGGAGCUGGACAGGAUGAAAGCGGAGCGGGAGAGGAUCGAGGCCAAGCACCAGGAGCUGAGGGAGCAGGGCGCUCGGGAGCGCCUCCCCCUGCCCGACGUGGAGGACGACGACCACGACCCCAACUACGCCCGCAUCAACAACUUCCGCGAGCCGCCGCCCCCCGGCCAGCACCCCCAGCCCCGCGGGGACCGCACCCCGUCCCCGCAGGCGCCCCUGUCCCCCCCGUCCCACAGCCGAGAGUCCUCCGCGGAGAACCCCGCCCUGGAGGGGCUGUACGCCAAGGUCAACAAGCAGAGGGCCCCGCCCACAGCCGCGCCCGACAGUGCCGACCGGAUCCAGCAGCUGAGGCGGGAGUUCCACCAGGCCCGGCGGGAGGCGGCCGCGCCCGCCUACGAGGACCUGGAGGCCCGCCGCCGCGCAGGCCCCGAGUACGACCCCAGCCGGAUGGCAGUGAGGGGGCAGGACGGCCGGUUGGCACCGCGGUACGAGGACGUGGAGCGACAGUACGCCUCCUUGCCCAGACGGGGGCCAAUGGAUCCAAACGACUACCCCAUGCAGCCCUGGGGGGGUCACCGAGAGCCUGCCCACUACCCCGCCCCCCAGGGGGGCUACCCCAGCUACCCCGCCCGAGAUAACUACCCCCCGCGCGGGGCGGAGCGGCGAGGGGCGGACCCCCGGCAGGGCGACCCCGGGUACUACCCCCCCGCGCCCCAGCAGCGGGGGCCCCUGCGGCAGGACGUGCCCCCCUCCCCCCCGCUCCCGCUGCGGGCGCCGCGCUACGACACCAUGAACCGCGGGGGGUACCGGAACGCCAGCCCCGACCGCUACGCGUACGCGGACGGCCGCAACCCGGACCCCCGGCAGACCGCCGCGGUGUAGCCGAAAUCUCCCCGCCCCACCCCCCCCACCCCCCGCUCUUACCCACCCUCCAGUGAGGACCGCGCCUCCUCGUCCGCGCGCGAGAGCCGCUGCGGCUUUCAGUAGCGGAACGGCGUGGGGGCGACGCGGCGUGCGUUUCCGUGGCGCGUUGCCGAGCGCGACGUCGACUGCGGGGAAGAGAAGGGGGGGAGGGGGGAGGGUCUUGGGUACGGCUUUGACAGGCUUUCGUUUUUUCUCCCUCGUUUUUUUUCCUCUCUUCCUCUCGCUUUUCCGUCACUAGCUUCGUACGAUGACAGAGACGGCCGCUGCCCGUCUGCCUGCCAGCGCCAGCUACAGCGCGUAGAUUUCCCGGCUGCCAUUUUAACCGCCGCGAAGCCAGACUCCCAGUGCAUGAUGGGUGUAUUCAAAAACGGUGCCUUUACCCCACGGUCGCGCAAGAGGGAGUUUGAUUGCGGGGCGAUUUUUAAAAAAUUGAACGUCUGUGAAGCGAUUUAGACGCAUUUCAGCGAAACGUCUUUUUUUCCCUUUUCUUUUUUAGCAGUCAGCGUGGAGGCGGGGCCGUGUAGUCAGGGUGUCGGGCGUGUCCUGAGACAGGCGUGUGGGCUUUCAGUGCGUUUUUCGCCAGAAAGUUCCAGCCCGUGGGCCGAAGAGCGCGGCGAAGUCGAGCGCGCCGUGUUUCACCUGGGCCGAGCGAGCCUCUCUCUCUCUCUCUCUCUCUCCUUCUCUCUCUCUCUCUCUCUCUCUCUCCUCUCUCUCUCUCUCCUCUCU